AGCACUAUUUUAAUAUAGCAAAAUAACUGCACUUGACAAAUGUUUGUUUGGUUUUGUUGAUAAAUUGCUCCCGUUAAACUUUUGGAAACAAAUUAAGUCUUUUCCUUUUAAAUUAAUUAAAAACUUUGUUUUCAAAUGAACGACUUCGAACAAAAUCUAUUCUCACCUACGAGUUGCAAUCCUUGCGCUUUAAGUCCCAUUAAUGGAACCGUUAGACCGGUAAAACUCUUAAAAUGCCUCGGUUGUAAAUUGAUCCUCUACUGCUCCACAACCCACCAAAAGCUCGAUUGGCCCAUUCAUAAACAGUUCUGCAAAGCUGUUGGCAAAUUACUCACUGAAAAUAAAAUCAAUAAUUUAUUUGCAAUCGAAGGGCCCAUAAAAACCAAAAGUCAAUUGAGUGAAAUUACAGUUAGAAUUAAAUACAAAUUGGUAACGCUUCUCAGGAGACAACUUGAUUAUCACGAAGAAGAACUCACAUCAUUUCCAGUUUUAUGCUCUGUAUGCUUUUCCACCAAGUAUAAUAAUUUAUAUCAAUGUAAGGAAUGUAAUGCUGUAAGCUAUUGCAGUCAAGAACAUGAAAUUGAAGAUGCCCCGAUUCACCAGGGUGAAUGUCUUCAACUAAAACUCUACUACUGUAAGUUUAAGAUUGAUUCAAAUUUAACAUUUGACCUAAAAUUGAAAGAAACUUGUAAUGUUCUCGAGUCUGAUUUGCGAAAGGCCAUGGCGAGGAUGUUUGCUAUUGAGUUCCUUUCAGAUCCUAGCGAAAGUCUUGUCGAAUAUCAGAGAUUUUCAUUUGUUUCCGAUUUCUCUUGCAUAGCUUCUGUUUCGUAUUUUAUAGAAAAUUUGAAAGUCUAUCAAAAACUUGGUAAAGAGUUGACUUUAUUUGUAGUGGGGUCAACGGUGGAUGAAAUAUGGUUCACUCCUUUACACACAGAGUUCCUCUUUGCCUGCUUCUCUGAGAUUUCUAAAUUGAAUAUUGUAUUUAUUGGUCCAGAAAUACCAAAAGACAAAAUGUCCAAAGCAAGUAUUAAUCUUUGCAAUGGACGGUCGUUAUUUCGAAAGUCCUUUAAGGGCACACUUGAAAGUUAUUUAAAAAACAAUGCGACUGAUUUGAAACCCGAUUUAAUUGUGUGUUUCAAUUGUGGUUUUUCGGAAAAUGCCAGCGAUAAUAGUCGUCCUAGUGACUCUUGGUAUAAAGGCAUCCAAUAUUUUAUGCAAUUACCAAAUAUUCCAAUUUUAUUUACAUCAUACACAAGUUUAGAAGCAGAUAAUGAUUUAAAAGCUUUAGAGCACGUUAUCGGUAAAAGGGAGGAUGGCCAAUUAUUUCGUUUAGAAAAAAUAAUUGAUAAGCAAUCAAAUCCAUACAAGGACAUGAGGCCUCUAAGAAAUUGGCAGUUUAACGAUCCGGAAAGGAUAUUUUUCAGGAACGGAUAUCUACAAGCGGUUAGAGUUGUCCCCUUUGACGGCUGCGAAGGUGUUUAAUAAUUAAAUGUAUGAAAUAAUAAAUAUUGUUUUAA